CAAAUUGCUUCUUGUGUUUGGGGAAUCCCUUGACUGUGCGGUGAUCAGGACAGCGCGACGAUUCCUCGAGGAUCCGGGCUGCUGUUCUCAUUGCCCAGAGCGCGUUAGAAAGUCGCGGGGAAAGUGAUUGAAAAAAAAAACGGCACACACACCAAACAAUCGGGAGUGAAAGACAAGAAACACACUCAGACAAAUCACGCGGAGAGUUUGAGAAAGUCACACACAGAGAGAGAAGGCAAUUUUCGGGCAUUAGGAUUAAACAUUUGCCAAGACAACCGGAUCAACAAGCAAGACAAAAAAGAAAAAUGGGGCAAAUUGACGUUGAGAGUCCGAUCGUGCCGCCGCUGAUUGACAUCAAGGAGCGCCGUGAGGAUCCGCUGAGGCGCAUUCAGGAGGAGAUCAACGAGGUCGUGAGGCGCGAGCGUGAACUCAGAGCGGCAGCGACUCGCAUUCAGCCGCUCAAGGCGCAAACGAUCGCGCUCACGGACGACUCUGGCGUGUCCACGACAUCCUCGAGUCCUGUGAACGGUGUGUCCGCCGAGGAGGAGGACAAGAUUGCAGCGCCAAGGUCGGCGCAGCCCUACAAUCGUACGCCCACGGCCUUCACGUUUGUGCCGCGCAAGCAGAACCUGAGCGGCCGACCGGAGAUGCUCACGCGAACCAUGUCCACGCCGCAGAUCUUCCAGCCGGCGCCCAAUCCGCGGCGCGGCCUCAUGCAGCGCUUCAUCGCGUCCCGCGGGCGCAUGAAUGGGAGCCAGCAGCAGUUUCCCAUGGACAAGAAGACAAGCAACGGAGCUCCAAUCCUUCUGUCGCCAAUAGCAAAGACGUGUCCUCCGGUGAUCGAGCGCGAUCAGAAUGGGCGACCCAUUCGACGUGGUUAUGUGCCCGUGGAGGAGAAGAUACAGAAGGAGUUGCGCGAAAUGAAGAACCGCGAAGUGGAGCUCAAGCAACUCCGGAAACAGUCUCACAUGCGAGCGUCAAAUCCCGACCUUCUCGACGAAGGCGGCGAUUUCGACACAGACGAUGGAUCGGACAGGGAUGAGGAGUCCGGAUCUUAUGGGAAGAUGACGGGAGCCAAGUCCAUCAGUGAGCUCUGUGACAGUCUCACGAGUUCUAGUCUCUCGCCAAGAAACACUCCGAGUCCCAAACUCGAUGCACAGAAUCACACGAAACUGCGUCCAGCUCUUUCCCUUGCUCAGCUUUGCGACGUGAAUCCCACUGAAGCUCCUUCAGCGCCCUGCCUGAUUGCACAGUGGGAGGACUUCAUCAUGAAGAAGCGCCGAAAGAAUGUCUACUAAAGUCUGCACGCCAAUUCAGAAAUUGUACCAAUAUAAAAGAAAAAAAAAACAGAACUGUGAAUAGCUUCCAUAACUGCAAUUGUCCAAAUUAGUGCUAAUAUUUUUGAGCCCGACUAUUCUUUUUUAUAUAUAUAAAAAAAAUCCAUGCCGAAGAUGCGAGAGUAGAAUUUGAUAUGAAA